CCCUAAAUUAUUGUUUUUCGUUGGUUUAAAGGUGGAUCGAUGGCCGGAAAGCUGAAAGUAUGCAUCAUUGGGGCUGAGGGCUGGGGCUCGGCCAUUGCCGCCGCCGUAAGCAACAAUGUCUUGGUGGGAGACUUCGACAGCCGGGUGCAUUUAUAUGUGUCCGAUGAAAUGAUUCGGGACACUGCCUUAUCGGAGAUCAUCAACACUCGUCACGAGAAUGUCAAGUAUCUGCCUGGGAUCAAGCUGCCCAAUAACUUGAUCGCUGUAAAUGAUCUUUUGGAAGCUGCCCAGAACGCAGAUAUCUUGGUAUUUUCCACGCCGCUUGAGUUCGUGCAAUCCUACUGCAACAUUCUGUCUGGAAAUGUUAAGGAGUCUGCCUUCGCCGUUUCUAUGACCAAAGGCUUGAUGAGCAAGAAUGGCGAGGGGAUUGGGCUCGUAUCGCACGUCAUCAACGAGAGUCUGGGUAUCCCUUGCUACUCUAUGAUGUCGGUACAUAGUGCCAUGGAAAUGGCUCAGGGAAAGUUGUGUGAGGUGACUAUCGGUUGCAGCGAUGGUUCUCAUGCUAAGCUGUUGAUCGCUGCCAUGCAAACCAAUAACUGCAGAGUUAUUUCUGUUAAUGACGUUGAUGGAGUAGAGUUGUGUGGAACGCUCACAGACAUUGUUGCCUUGGGAGCAGGUUUCAUAGAUGGACUGCGUCUUGGCGAGAAUGCCCGGUUGGCUGCCAUCCACUUGGGUAUCAAGGAAAUGAUGCGGUUCAUCAAGACUUUCUUUCCCUCAUCCAAUAUGACCACAUUCUAUGAGAGUUGUGGCGUGGCCAACACGUUGGCAUCAAGCUUCGUCGAUAAAAAUGUCACAUUUGCCAAGAGCCUAAUAACAUCAGGCGAAACUAUUGAAGAAUUAGAAGCUAACCUCCACAGCGGCCGCAAGCUUUUGGGUCCUAUGGUGGCCAGUGAUGUAAAUACAUUUUUGGAGAAUGAGCUUAUGCAACACGAAUUUCCGCUUUUCUCGGCCAUUCAUCUUAUAUGCCAAAGCGAGGCUCCGCCGGAACUAAUGAUAGAAGCACUGAGAAACCACCCAGAUCUAAGCAACUCAUCCAUUUCAAAUUUUCUAAACAAUGAAAAGAAUGAGCUUAAAACGGACCAAGGACUGCUCCAACUGAGGACUGCUUUAGAUAAGAUAUUGGCCGAGGCGGGGAACGAAAACGUUAAGAAGCUCAAGGUGAUGGACGACUGGACAGAAGUAAACGAAUAUGACGUUGAGGAGACGUACGAGCAGAAAGUGGCGUCACAGGUCUCCUCUCUUGAGACCGAAAAUAUUCCAAAGCGUCUGAGUGUAAAAGCUGCCAAGCUCUAUAAUGAUAUCCGGGACGGUAAUGUUGGGGUGGCCUUUAAAAUGGACAUCGAUGAAGGCGAUCGCCAUGUGCGGCUCUUGCUGGAGAAGGAAGGCGGAAUGUCUAGCGAUACAGACAAGACAGUAGUGUUAUCCAGAUUGACUGCAGGCCAAGAAAAUGACAAUACCAGGCUGGGCCAUGGACACUCAACCAACACUUCCGCGGGAUCCGAUCUUAUGGUCAGCAAAGGCAUUCCCAGUGGCUUGACUACGAACGAAACGCCUGAUGUCCUAGAUUUAAGUUCCGAGUCUGAGCCACUACAAUCGUCUAAACAAAACAGUCAACUGCUUGAGGAUGCAGAGUCAAAUUUCUCAGAGCGUUUAAAAGUGGAUCAACUGAAAGAGCAGAUUGAUAGACAAGAAACAGCCAAUAUGAAAGCCCAAGAAAAUCUUAUAAAAUCUAUUAGGCAAACUAUUCAGGCUCUGGGUGAUAAAGAUAAAAUGGAAAACCUAAUCGCCAAAAGCAAAAUGGAGGAGGAUCCCUUUCAACUAAAAAGCCAAGUUGAAGGGGAGGCUUUGCAACUGAAAAGCCAAAUGGAAGAGGAAUCUUUUGAACCCAAAAAUCAAACAGAAGAAGAAUCUUUCCGAAGUAAAAGUCAACUAGAUGAGGAAUCUGCUUCGCUAAAAGGCCUAAUGGAAGAAGAAAAUUUUCAGCUUGAAAGCGAAAUGCAAGAGAAGACAAGCCUAUUGAAAAGUUCAGCAGAUAAAUCUGAAUUUGUUGGAUACAACGCUGAGGAAGAGCAAGCCAUAGAAGAACCAACAGAUAACCGUCAGUAUAAAUUAAGAUCAGAAGCUGAUAACCUUAAAGCACUUAUGUUCACCGAUUCCGAGGAGCCCUUGGAGUCCGAGAAGCACAUUGAAAUGAAACUUCAAGACGAAAACGAUUUUGAUCUGGAUGAGGAGCCCGCAAUAGGAAAAAAAGACCGUACUUACACCAAAGAGAACUUGGAGCUCGAGGAGCUGCUUGAGUGGCAGAAACUAAAGAAACUAGAUAAAGACCAUCAACAUUAUUCUGGAUAUUCAGCGGAACUGGAAGAUGCGACAGCCCUUGAAAACAACGCGAGGUUUCCAAUAGAGCAUGAUGAUAGGUUGCAGGAUGUGGAUAGCUAUCAGCAAAAGGAACUCGUUCAAGUAAGAGCUGAGAAUAAAGAGCUUAGCGAGGAAAGGCCGGAUCAAAAUUAUGAUGAGGUUAACUUGCGCCACCACAACGAUAUGAAAGCUAGUGAGUCUGGGCACCACGAGUGGGAUUGGCUAAUGAACAAUGAAAAGAUCGAUUCCGACGAGCAGCAGUUGUAUGCCAACGAGAGGAUGGAAACUCUUAGCGAAUCUGACCAGGAUAAGCUGCAGAACCUGAACAAUCAACUAAAGGAUGCCUUGCAGCAUGAUUUGGAUGUCAUGUCGGCUAGCAGGAAUAAUGAAUCAAAUGAUGUGCUGUCCGAGGGCGACUUCAAUCCCGAAGCUGCUAAGAAAGCCACCGAGCAACCAAGGAACCCCACUCCUACCCAAAUCCCCGCAGUCCCCUUGCCAGUAACAGUGCCUAAUAAACAAUCCCAUAUCCGCGAGGGCAGUCCACAGUUCGAGAAUCAGCCUAAAUCUGUUCCGCCACCCUCGCCAAAAACUAAACCAAAUGCACCUGUCGAAUUUGGGAACAUGGACGAAGCGUCGAAUGAAUCGGCUUCUGACCAAAUGGUCCCUAAGAGUAGGAAAAUAUCAAAAACUGAGGCGGUGAUUGAGCCAGUCGCUAAGGAUGUGUCCGUGGCGGAGCCAACUGAGUCAUUGCAUACCGAAAAGGAAAGUUCACCAGCUAAGCAAAGGUUGCCGCAAAGCAAAAGAAAGCAAAAAAGUGGCGUAAGAAAACCAUCUAGUGAUGCAAAUCCCAGUAAGGCAUCGCAAGAAACCGAGAAACAUUGGAAAACUACAGAACACCAGAAGGCACAACUGGCAAAGGUGGGUAAGAAGAUCAGCGUUAUGCGAAGAGGUCAGGAUCGUCGUGUUAGCUACAGGGGUCAGAACCCCUUCAGCGGUGAACCGGACCUAGAGUCUAGGCCCCCGAUGGACACCAGCUUUGAAAAGGACAAAACGGGGGAGUACCAGGGACUGGGCCAUCAGCGUCGCAAAGUAGUCGUGGCGCCGCCCUUUCAUCCGCCUAUCAAUCCACGAGUACGCGUGCCACGACCACCUUUCGAUGGACGGGAUCAUGAGUUCCAUACGAUGACUACCACGACGGUGGUCAGUCACCUUGCCCCAGCACCGAAGUGGUCGUCUCUGCCCACGACUCUAAAGCGCAAUCGCCCCUCCCUGGUUGCCACCAUACAGGUCAAGCACUUUGCCGCUCUGCCCAGUCAGGCAAUGCCGAGCCCCAUAUUGAAGAUGCCGAUGGGAGUUCCGCGCACACCCACUUUUUCAAAGAUCCUCUGCGCAUUGCAGUUAGGAUUGCUGGCCUCCUACCUCGCCUGCAGGAAGAACUAAUCU